GAUAAAAUCACCAUUGAUCCCUAUCGACCGUCCACCCGGAAGUUCCCAAUUCUAUCAGAUCAGAUUACCCUGAGGAUCCACCCCUAGUCUCUCCUCCUUGCCGAGCUAGUCUGGACGGAACCGCCAUUCCGGUGCCGGUUUGCCUCAGCCGAGAAAGAACACACCAUUUUCCCUCCGUCUUUCCCCUCUCUUUCCUCCAUCUUGAUCGACUCUCCUCAUUGUCUCCAGUCCGGACUUGUUGUUUAAUUCCCCCCUAAAUCUCCUUGGACGGACCCAGUCUCCAAUCACCCGGGUCUGUUAUCUCCUUUUGAUCCUCCCCUUAUGUGAAUUAGCUUUGGUGGCUCUCAUCCUUUUUGCUUUUUUUCCCGCUCGCCCCAUAUCUUGACACUCCCCCAUCAUACCACCACUCCUCCAUAACGUGAGAACUUUCUUUUAAACCUCCGACGUCCCUCCUGACCGACAAAUCUUUGGUCGGCCUGCAACUCUAUUUCCAAAACCCUCCCCCAAUCAUUAUUACAGAAUGGUGCACGCGGUCGCUUUACCCGCUCGGCCGGCGAACAAGGCCUCGCGGUCUCCGAGCGCCUCGACCGGUCAUGGCGACUACCGGCCGAAUAUCCCCGUCUCGUCGACCUCCCAUCCGGAUAACCCGGUUCCCGAGGAACCUCGCGGUGUCCGCUCACUGUCAAUCACCGACCGGACCUUCACGGCUACCUCUGUAUCGUCCCAGGACACCAUGACCACCAGCAGCAGCGACCCCCAGAGCCCACAGACCCCCGCCACCGAGCCCCCAUCAGAUGAGGACCUCGGUCUGAAGCAGCUUCCGUCGACAGAAAAUACCGGGCAUCAGCGCCGGGCGUCGACUGUGCUGAUUUCCCAGAACUCCGAUGACAUGCGGAGAGUUCUGGAGGGUGUCGGCUCCGCGGGUACACAGAAGAUUCAACCGCUAUGCUGCGGCGGUGGUUGCUGUCGCAGCCAGCCCUUGAGCCAGACUAUCGGUCCCGUCGUGGGCUCCAAUGGAGUCACCCCCCCGGACAACAAGGCGUACCGGGCUCUCGAGCUGAACGUGGACCUCCUGACGUUGGACAGUUCCCUGACCAACGUCGUCCCGCUCCCUGAAAAGACGGUGACGUUCUCCAAGAUUCCCGCAUCCGCGGUCGAUAUGCAGCUCGGACCGGCGGAUCACCCCCCUCCGUUUGUCCAACCGCAUCCCCCCUACCACGUCUACCGUGCCCCCGUUUACCACGCCCGCGAGCUCACCGGAUCGGGCGCGGAGAAGCGCACGUACCACUUUGACAUCGACAUCACCGACUACCCCACCGAGGGCGGCAAUGUCGAUUUCGUCGUGGGCGGCGCCAUUGGUGUGUGCCCCAUGAACAAGGAGGAAGAAGUGGAGGACAUCUUCAACCAGCUGGGCAUUCCCAAGUCCCUGCGCGAUAAGAAGGUCAGCGUGCGCACCGCCAAGGGCCGAUGGCCCACCAUCUGGGGCGAUGACCAGCCCCGCGAGUUGAUUACCACGCGGCGCGAGCUGCUCAACUGGUGCUCUGACAUCCAGAGCUAUGCCCCCACCAAGGACCUCUUCCGCCUGCUGGGCGAAUACGCCAGCGAGCCCAGUGAGCGACAGAUCCUCAUGUUCCUCGCCUCCGCCCAGGGCCAGGGCGCCUUCUGUGACCUGCGCACCGCGUCCUACGUCACCGUGUCCCAGCUGCUGCACGCCUUCCCGUCCUCGCAGCCGCCCCUGGACCACCUCCUCUCCGUCCUCCAUACCCUUAUGCCUCGAUUCUACUCCCUGUCGCAGGAUCCCCUGCUCUCGCACGCCACCAAGGGCACGCAGAAGCGUCGCCUAGUCGAGGUAGCCGUAACAGUCGCCGAGUCCGGCGACUGGAAAGGAGGCCAGCGUACAGGCGUCGGGUCAGGUUUCAUGGAGCGCGUCGCGCGCCAGGUAGUCGACGCCGAGAAGCAAGGCAUCGACCCGUCGACGCUCGACAUUCACAUCCCGAUGUUCCGCGGCCUGAUGGCGAAUCCGCUAGCCACGCGCUUCGCGUCCGACGGACCCAUGCUCCUCAUCGGCGCCGGCGUCGGCGUCGCCCCGUUCCGCGGCUUCGUGCAACGCCGUUUGAAGUCGGCCAACUGCGCCAACAAGGUCUGGGUGCUGCAGGGGGUACGUGAUUCCCUACUGGACGAGCUCUACCGCGGCGAGUGGGGCGUGGAUGAGGCCAAGGUCCGCACCGUCGUGCAGAGCCGCAAAGGCGAGAGCAAGUACGUGCAGGAGGAAGUGCGCCACCAGGCCGACCUGGUCUGGUUCGUCAUCAACGCCCUGGACGGGCGUGUUUUCGUCUGCGGUAGCGGCAAGGGCAUGGGCGAGGGCGUCGAAGCUGCCCUCGUCGACGUCGCCAUGGUGAAGGGGAAUCUGAACGAGGAAGAGGCCAAGCUGUUCUGGAAGAAUAAGAACGAAGCAGGCCAGUAUAUUGCUGAAACCUGGUAAAUCUGUUCAUUUGAUUUUUGGUUAUGACCGAGUCGACCUCGGGUGUUUUCUAUCUUUUUUCUUUCUCCAUCUACCGCUUCACCUUUCAAAAGUCCGACAGAUAUGGUGACUCAUCUCCACCCUCCCAUACGUCACCUCAGCAUCGCCUCGCCGUAUCUGUCCAGCCACCAGCAUCUAUCAUUUCUACCAUUUUCUCUCAACCCUCAUCAGCUGGCGGCUUCCAAUCUACCUGUUCAUUUAUCAUCUCUUGUCGAUAACACAUUGACAUGCAUACGAGGGGUACCCGGUAGAACCGGGAGUUCAUGUUUAUCUUCAUUUAUUUUCAUUUUUCAUCUCUGUUAUAUUUCAUGGCGCAUAUGGUCGGUCCGGUUCGGUCUGUUAUUUACUUCCUGUUUCCAGUUGCACAUUUCCUAUGGACUUGUGUGGGCACUGAUGGCCUAUAUACACAAGUCAGAUAUGGUUAUUACCACUACACUAUCAUUAUAGAUUCAAUCAAUCAAGUCCAUAUCUUCCAAAAGCAA